AUGUCUUCCGCGCAGGUCCUCAACGUUACUCUCCCAGCCUUGUCCGCUGGCUGGAGCGCCGACAAGGACUUCAAGGCUGUUGGCAAGGUCUCUGCUGCUACCCAGAGGAACCUCGAGCCUGUUGGGCCUCAUUUCCUGGCUCACGCCCGCAGAUCGCGUCACCACCGUACUUUCUCCGAGGAUGAGCGUAUCCAGGCUCAGCAGAACGUCAAGAAGACCGAAGAUGACGAGGAUGAUGAAAUCUCCGAGGAUGAGGAUUCCAUGAUGCUCCAACGGGAUGCCAAGGACUGGAAGGGCCAAGACCACUACGCAGUUCUCGGCCUCACCAAGUACCGCUGGCGGGCGACCCCCGAGCAGGUCAAGCGUGCUCACCGCAAGAAGGUGCUCCGUCACCACCCCGACAAGAAGGCUGCUCUCGGCGACCGUGACGAGAACGACAGCUUCUUCAAGUGUAUCCAGAAGGCCACCGAGAUUCUGUCCGACCCCGCCAAGCGCCGCCAGUUCGACUCCGUCGAUGAGGCCGCCGAUGUCGAGCCUCCUAGCAAGAAGCAGAGCCAAAAGGGCGACUUUUUCAAGCUCUGGGCUCCUGUUUUCGAGGCCGAGGGCCGCUUUUCUAAGAUCCAGCCUGUUCCUCAACUAGGUGACGACAACAGCACCUUUGAGGAGGUUGAUACUUUCUACAACUUCUGGUACAACUUCGACAGCUGGCGUACAUUCGAAUACCUUGACGAGGAUGUUCCCGAUGACGGCGAGAGCCGUGACCAGAAGCGUCACGUCGAGAAGAAGAACGCCAACGCCCGCCGCAAGCGCAAGACCGAGGACAUUACCCGUCUGCGCCACUUGGUCGACGACUGCGCUGCCCUGGACGAGCGUAUUAAGAAGUUCCGCAAGGCCGCUCGUGCCGACAAGGACAAGAAGCGUCUCGACAAGGAGGCUGAGGCCAAGCGAUUGGCCGAGGAGAAGGAGAACGCCCGUCUUGCAGAGGAGAAGGCCAAGAAGGACGCUGAGGAAGCCGCCAAGGCUGACCGUGAGAAGGCAAAGAAGACCAAGGAGGCCGCCAAGAACGCUGCUAAGAAGAACAAGCGUGUGCUCAAGGGAUCCGUCAAGGACGUCAACUACUUUGCUGAAUCUGGCGAUCCCUCUGGCAGCCAGGUUGACUCUGUCCUUACGGACGUUGACUUCAUCAACAGCAAGAUCGACAACGAGGAGCUUGCGUCGCUGGCUGAGCGCCUCACUGCUGCUGGCAAGGACGUCGCAGCCGUCAAGAACGUGUACACUGAGGAGUUCAAGAGGCUGAUUGGAGCUGGCAAGGCCAAGGAGGGCGAGGCCAAGUUCUUUGCUUAG